GACCUGAUCUCUGCCUACGAGGUUGACCACAGGGGCGAUUACGUGUCCCAUGAAAUCAUGCACCACCAACGGCGCAGGAGAGCCGUGGCCCAGGCAGGGGUCGACUCUCUUCACCUUAGGCUGAGAGGCUCCAGGCACGACUUCCACAUGGAUCUGAGGACUUCCAACAACCUGGUGGCUCCCGGAUUUACCGUGCAGACCUUGGGAGAGGGAGGCACUAAGUCUGUGCAGACGCUGCCGCCGGGGGAUUUCUGUUUCUAUCAGGGCUCCUUGCGGUCCCACAGAAACUCCACCGUGGCCCUUUCCACCUGCCAAGGCUUGUCAGGCAUGAUAAGAACAGAAGAAGCAGAUUACUUCUUGAAACCACUUCCUUCACACCUUGCUGGGAUACCCGACAGCUCUGCACAGGGUGGCCCUCCCUCCCACAUUUUGUAUAAGAGAUCCAUAGAGGCCCGGCCUCCCAAGGCCAGCGAGGUCCUGCUGACCGCCAGAAAGCAGGAGCUGGCAAGUCAACACCUGAAUGAUGGUGGCCUUCACUUUGGGAUACCGCAAAAGCAGCAUUUCUGUGGAAGACGCAAGAAAUACAUGCCCCAGCCGCCCAGCGAAGACAUCUUCAUCUUGCCGGAUGAGUACAAGUCUGACUUACGACAUAAGCGCUCUCUUCUGAAGUCCCAUAGAAAUGAAGAACUGAAUGUUGAGACAUUGGUGGUGGUUGACAAGAAGAUGAUGCAGAACCACGGCCAUGAAAAUAUCACCACCUACGUACUGACCAUACUCAAUAUGGUGUCCGCUUUAUUCAAAGACGGAACGAUAGGAGGAAACAUCAACAUUGCAAUUGUAGGUCUGAUUCUUCUAGAAGAUGAACAGCCAGGGCUGGUGAUAAGUCACCACGCAGACCACACCUUAAGUAGCUUCUGCCAGUGGCAGUCUGGAUUGAUGGGGAAAGAUGGAACUCGCCAUGACCACGCCAUCUUACUCACCGGUCUGGAUAUAUGUUCCUGGAAGAACGAACCCUGUGACACUUUGGGCUUUGCACCCAUAAGUGGAAUGUGUAGUAAAUAUCGCAGCUGCACGAUUAAUGAAGAUACUGGUCUUGGACUGGCCUUCACCGUUGCUCACGAGUCUGGACACAACUUUGGCAUGGUUCAUGAUGGAGAAGGAAACAUGUGCAAAAAGUCUGAGGGCAACAUCAUGUCCCCUACAUUGGCAGGACGCAACGGGGUCUUCUCCUGGUCACCCUGCAGCCGGCAGUAUCUGCACAAAUUUCUAAGCACUGCUCAGGCUACAUGCCUUGCUGACCAGCCAAAACCUGUGAAGGAAUACAAGUACCCUGAGAAGCUGCCUGGAGAGUUGUAUGAUGCACACACUCAGUGCAAGUGGCAGUUUGGAGAAAAAGCCAAGCUCUGCACACUGGACUUUAAAAAGGACAUUUGUAAAGCUCUGUGGUGCCAUCGGAUUGGAAGGAAAUGUGAGACUAAAUUUAUGCCAGCAGCAGAAGGCACUGUGUGUGGUCACGACAUGUGGUGCCGCGGAGGGCAGUGUGUGAAAGCUGGCGAUGAAGGCCCCAAGCCCACCCAUGGCCACUGGUCGGACUGGUCUCCCUGGUCCCCCUGCUCCAGGACCUGUGGGGGAGGGGUGUCUCACAGGGCCCGCCUCUGCACCAACCCCAGGCCAUCGCAUGGAGGGAAGUUUUGCGAGGGCUCGACACGUACACUGAAACUCUGCAACCGUCAGAAUUGUCCCCAGGACAGUGUUGACUUCCGCGCUGCCCAGUGCGCAGAGCACAACAGCCGGCGCUUCAGAGGCCGGCACUACAAGUGGAAGCCUUACACCCAGGUGGAAGAUCAGGACUUAUGCAAACUCUACUGUGUCGCAGAAGGAUUUGAUUUCUUCUUUUCUUUGUCAAAUAAAGUGAAAGAUGGGACUCCCUGCUCGGAGGAUAGCCGUAAUGUUUGUGUAGAUGGGAUAUGUGAGAGAGUUGGAUGUGACAAUGUCCUUGGGUCUGAUGCUGUUGAAGACAGCUGUGGAGUAUGCAAAGGGAAUAACUCAGCCUGCACGACUCACAAGGGUCUCUACGCCAAGCACCACCCCGCCAACCAGUAUUACCACAUAGUCACCAUUCCUUCUGGAGCCCGGAAUAUUCGCAUCUAUGAAAUGAACGUCUCUACCUCCUACAUUUCUGUGUGCAAUGUCCUCAAAAAAUACUACUUGAACGGACACUGGACCGUGGACUGGCCCGGCCGAUACAAGUUUGCAGGCGCUGUCUUCGACUACAGACGGUCUUAUCAUGAGCCUGAGACCUUAAUCUCCACUGGCCCAACCAACGAAACGCUGACUGUAGAGCUUCUGUUUCAGGGAAGGAACCCGGGCAUCGCCUGGGAAUACUCAGUGCCUCGCUUGGGGUCAGGGAAGAAGCCCACUGGCCAGCCCAGCUACACCUGGGCCAUCGUGCGCUCUGAGUGCUCCGUCUCCUGCGGAGGGGGGCAGAUGACCACAAGAGAGGCCUGCUACCGAGAUCUGAAGUUUCAAGUCAACACAUCCUUCUGCAGUCCCAAGACUCGACCUGUCACGGGGUUGGUACCUUGCAAAGUAUCUGCCUGUCCCCCCAGCUGGUCUGUGGGGAACUGGAGUACCUGUAGCCAGACAUGUGGUGGGGGCUCCCAGAGCCGCCCUGUGCAGUGCACACAGCAGUCACACAACUUGGAGUCCAUCCCAGCCAGCCUGUGCCCACAGCCUGUGCCCUCCAGCAGACAGGCCUGCAAUUCCCAAAGCUGCCCACCAGCGUGGAGCUCUGGGCCCUGGACAGAGUGCUCGCGCACCUGUGGGAAGGGGUGGAAGAAGAGGGCGGUGGCCUGCAAGAGCACCAACCCUUCGGCCAGAGCACGGCUGCUGCCAGACACUGUCUGCACCUCGGAGCCAAGGCCCAGGACGCACGAGGCCUGUCUGCUUCAGCGCUGCCCCAAGCCCAAGAAACUGCAGUGGCUCGUGUCUGCCUGGUCCCAGUGCUCCAUGACGUGUGAAAGAGGAACGCAGAAAAGAUUCCUGCAGUGUGCUGAGAAGUUCGUCUCUGGGAAGUAUCGAGAACUGCCCUCUAAGAAAUGCCUGCAUUUGCCGAAGCCCACCCUGGAGCUGGAACGCGCCUGCGCCCUGUUUCCGUGCCCCAAGCACCCCCUGUAUGCCGCUGCGGGGCCCUCGAGGGCCGGCUGGUUUGCCUCACCCUGGUCUCAGUGCUCGGCCAGCUGUGGAGGCGGCGUCCAGACCAGGUUGGUACAGUGCCUGGCCGGGGGCCGGCCAGCAUCGGGCUGCCUCUCACACCAGAAGCCCACGGCCUCCCUGGCCUGCAACACUCACUUCUGCCCCGUCGCAGAGAAGAGAGAGGCCUUCUGCAAGGACUACUUCCACUGGUGCUACCUGGUGCCCCAGCACGGAAUGUGCAGCCACAACUUCUACGGCAAGCAGUGCUGCAGGACUUGCUUCCAGUCCAACCUGUGAGCCAGGGCCACUUCCCACAGUGGACAACGGGCCUACGUGGCAGCGAAGCUCCCCACAAGGGAGCCGCGUGGUCCACGUGUGAUGCGUCCAAGGAAGAUGAAAGAAAACUGAGUUGGGCUUUUUGCCCCCGAGGAUGUGUGCACAUGUCCCCGUGCAUGCAGGCUCUCCUGGAGAGCCCGGGCAGGCCAAACUGCAGCAGGUCAGACAGAGUUAGCUCUGUGGGACAGGGGAAGCAACCCUUCCCCAGCUUGUACUGCAGCUGAAUCAAAUCAACGAGACAAGCAGAGUCGAACCCGCUAAGUCCUAGAUGUCGGGUGCUUUAUAAAAAGAAAGUCCAUGCAAUAAGGAAGACAUGCAAAAUAUCUGCCACCAGGUAAGCCUGCAUCCCCUCUCUACUGAAAGCCUCCUCUGGUCACUGGGAGACUGACUUUCUGAGUGGAGGUCAGGUGGCGGGCACUCCGGGGCACUGCCCCAGGGUUCUCCUCCUUCCCAACUGUUGCAGAAUGACUCUUCCCAGGGACUUGAUGGUGCCACAAGAGCUGUUGUCACCUCAAGGGCCACCUGCCUGCCAAGGCACUGCAUUCUGAUUUGGGAUUCUGCAUAUGGAAAAAGGACUUGGCAUCCCUCCUAAGGUGCUCCCGUCUCCCUCAGACUCACGUGCUGGAGGAGAGACUUGGUCGUCUACGUUUUAUCUUUCUCAGUUAUUUGCAAGUCAGUGUCCCUUUUUAUACCCACUUCCUAACGCUUUUCUGUUUCCAAGUAACAGAUCAGAAAUACAGGUUACGUCAAAACCCUGCUGUCCUAAAGAGAACUGUGGUCCUACUAAAACAGACAUCUGCCCCAUGAUCAUAACCUUAGGGCUCUGUGUUUUGUUUUCGCGUGUUGUGAGGUUUCUAACAUUUUGUCCGUAAGUUUGGCCAUUUCUGUAAGGCCAGCUCAGAAGGAAGGCCAGCCGGGUCGGAGUGGGAGGCUGCCCGGGGUCCCCAGCGUCCUCCCGUCAUCCCAAAGCUGCGUCAUCCUGUGGUGUGGCUCCAUUUGGAAUGGGUGCCUGGAUAUUUAUAUUUGCUGAAGUUUUAUAAUAAAUUUUAUAUUGUACA